AUGUCCCCCCUGCAGUGACCCCGGCAAUGUCCUCCGGCCGAUGCCGGUAUCUGUCUUCCAGGUUCCGUUCCCUGCGAGCGUCGGGAUGUACAGGGGAUGGAAUGGCGGGAAAUUCAAAAAUGUAAAAAUAAAAUCUGAUUGUAAAACAUUCCUGUAUCAACCCAUUUCACAUACAUUUUGUCCCGAGUGCUUUGUCCUGUGCCCUGCCUGCAUUUUUACUGUUCUUUCUGCCUGCAAACUGAGAAACGUCCAUGGCGUCCAAAAAGCGUCCCUUUAGGUCAAAAUCGGUUUUAGACCAGCUAGAAAACAGCGAUAGUAAAUUAGAACCACCAAAAU